AUGUUGCCAAUUCAAUUAUUAGUUUCCCUUGCAUUCGUGCUUUUCGGUACCAAUGCUCUUACUCCACCAGCUUCCCCAGAUUAUAACACUGAAGCAAACCCUCAAUUACCAUCCGUGUUAUUUCAAUUAGAUAAUUACACCUUCCCAGACUGUAAGAAUGGUCCAUUAAAGGACAACUUGGUUUGUAAUGAAAGGGCUAGUCCAAAUGAAAGAGCUAGAGCUCUUAUUGAAAAGUUCACCACUGAAGAUUUAAUUGCCAACACUGGUAAUACUUCCCCAGGUGUUCCUUCUUUAGGUCUUCCACCUUAUCAAUGGUGGCAAGAAGCUCUUCACGGUAUUGACAGAGCUAACUUUACUGCCAGUGGUGAAUUCCAACAUGCUACCUCUUUCCCACAACCAAUUUUAAUGGGUGGUGCUUUCAACGAUCCUUUGUAUAAGCAAGUCGGUGAUGUUAUCUCCACCGAAGCUAGAGCUUUCAACAAUGCUGGUAGAUACGGUUUAGAUGGUUGGGCUCCAAACAUUAACCCAUUCAGAGACUCUAGAUGGGGUCGUGGUCAAGAAGUUGCUUCUGAAGCUCCAGUUCAAGUCGGUAGAUACGCUUACAACUUAGUUCAAGGUAUCCAAGGUGGUUUAGAUAAUGACAACACCGAUAAACUUAAGAUGGCUGCCACUUGUAAGCAUUUUGCUGGUUAUGAUAUGGAAGGUUGGGAUGGUCACUCCAGAUUAGGUUACAAUGCUAUCAUUAGUGAACAAGAUCUUUCUGAUUAUUAUACUCCAUCAUUCCAACACUGUGUCCGUGAUGGUAGAGCUGCUUCUGUUAUGUGUUCUUAUAAUGCUGUUAACGGUGUUCCAGCCUGUGCAAAUGAGUACUUAUUGAAGGAUAUCUUAAGAGACUCUUACGAUUGGCAAGAUGGUCUUAUUGUCUCUGAUUGUGAUGCUAUCUACAACGUUUGGAAUCCACACAUGUAUGCUGAAGACAUGACCGGUGCUUCCGCUGAUGCUCUUAAAGCUACCGUUGAUGUUAACUGUGGUACCACUUACCCAGAAAACUUAGGUUAUGCUCUUGGGAACAACACCAUUAACGUAGGCCAACUUAAGGCUGCUUUAACUCGUCAAUAUGCUACAUUGAUUAGAUUAGGUUACUUCGAUGAUCCAGAAAACCAACCAUACAGAAAGUUAGGUUGGAAUGAUGUUGCUACUCCAGAAGCUCAACAAAUUGCUUACCAAGCUGCUGUUGAAGGUCUUGCUUUAUUGAAGAAUGAUGGUACUUUACCAUUCGACCGCAAGAUUAAGAAUGUUGCUGUUAUUGGUCCAUGGGCUAAUGCUACUACCCAAAUGCAAGGUGAUUACGCUGGUGUCGCUCCAUACUUGAUCUCUCCAUUACAAGGUGCUCAAGGCGAUUACCAUGUCACUUAUGCUCUUGGUACUCAAAUCAACACUACUUCCACUGCUGGUUUCAGUGAAGCUCUUAAUGCUGCUAAGCAUGCCGAUGCUAUUGUUUACUUAGGUGGUAUUGAUAACAGUAUUGAAAACGAAGCCUUAGAUCGUGAAUCCAUUACCUGGCCAGGUAACCAAUUAGAAUUAGUUAAACAAUUAUCUGAAUUAAAGAAACCAUUAGCUGUCGUUCAAUUCGGUGCUGGUCAAAUUGAUGAUACUGAACUUAAGAAUAACAAGCAUGUUAACUCCAUUCUUUAUGCUGGUUACCCAGGUCAAAGUGGUGGUAAAGCUAUUUUUGAUGUCAUUUCUGGUAAGUAUGCUCCAGCUGGUCGUUUGACUACUACUCAAUACCCAGCUUCAUAUGCUGAUGAAGUUCCAAUGACUGAUAUGUCUCUUAGACCAAGCGGAAGCUUCCCAGGUAGAACUUUCAUGUGGUACAACAAAGAACCAGUUUAUGAAUACGGUCACGGUUUACACUACACCACCUUCAAGGCUUCUCCAGUUGGAUCUGACAAGAAAUCCGUUAACAUUCAACAAGCUAUUGCUUCUGUUCACAAUACUUAUGUUGAUCAAGGUGUUGUUGCUACCUUCACUGCUGCCAUCAAGAACACUGGUAAGGUUACUUCUGAUUUUGCUGCUUUGUUAUACGGAAAGACUACUGCUGGUCCAGGUCCACAUGCUAACAAGGUUUUGGUUGACUACACCAAAUUACAUCAAAUCGCUCCAAAGAAAUCUCAAAAUGCUGAAUUUACUGUUACUUUAGGUUCAAUUGCUCAAGCUGAUACUCAAGGUAACAAAUGGGUCUACCCAGGUACUUACACCUUAUUCGUUGAUAACGACAAGUUAACUAGUUUCACUGUUACCCUUACUGGUAAGGCUGCUAUUGUCCAACAAUUCCCUCAAUCUAAGUAA